AUGGGCAAGAGCUGUAAAGUAGUCGUUUGUGGGCAGUCUGCAGUGGGUAAAACUGCUGUAUUGGAACAGCUACUAUACAACAACCAUGUGGCAGGCUCUGAGCCCAUGGAGACCCUUGAAGACAUUUACAUUGGCUCCAUCGAGACCGACAGAGGGACCCGAGAGCAGGUCCGUUUCUACGACACUCGUGGGCUGCGCGAUGGGAUGGAGUUUCCUCGACAUUACUACACUUUUGCAGACGGCUUUGUGCUGGUUUACAGCGUGGACAGUAAAGAGUCCUUCAAGAGAAUGGAGGCCCUGAAAAAGGACAUUGAUCGUCACAGAGACAAGAAAGAGGUCACUAUCAUCGUGCUGGGAAACAAACUGGACCGACAGGAGGAGAGGAGAGUGGACUCCAACAUGGCACAGAACUGGGCCAAGAACGAGAAGGUCCGGCUGUGGGAGGUGUCCGUGGUCGACCGGCGCUCUCUCAUCGAACCGUUCGUGUUUCUGGCCAGCAAAAUGACUCAGCCCCAGAGCAAGUCCACUUUCCCUCUGAGCAGAAACAAAAACAAAGGGAGCGGCUCCACGGACAGCUGA